AUGUACUGGCAAAUACAUUUCCUGACAUUGGACUCUAUUUCUCUGCUCGCUCUCUCUCUCUCUCUCUCUCUCUCUCUCUCUCUCUCUCUCUCUCUCCCUCCCUCUCUCUCUCUUGACCUCUUUCUGCUCUCCAUUUUUGUCCUCCUCCUUUCUGCUCUUUCACUCUCUCUCUCUCUGCUCUUACUUUCUCUCUUUGCUCCUCCUAUCUCUCUGCUCUCCCUCCUUGUCCUCUCACUGUUUGCUCUCUCUGCUCUCCUUCUUUCUUCCCUGACUGCUCUUUCUCCAUCUUUACUCUUUCUCUCUACUCUCCCUUUUUGCUCUUUCUCUGUUCUUUACUCUCUUUUUCUUUGUUCUCGCUCUCUCUCACGCUUUGCUCUCUCACUCUCUCUUUGUGCUCUCUCUCUCUCUUCUCUUUCUCUCUCUUUGCUCUCUUUGCUCUCCCUCUUUACUCAUUCUCUCUUUUUGCUCGCUCUCUUUGCUCUCGCUCUCUCGCACUCUUUGCUUUAUCUCUCUCUCUCUUCCAUGACCAUUUAG